UCUCAAGGUCAAAACGCAGUUUCAGUUUCCAAGAUUGUGCAGGUGACGAAUAUCUCUCCGUCGGCUACCACUGAGCAACUUCGGACGUUGUUUGGACAUGUCGGCGUAUUGGAAGAGUUUGUCAUGUAUCCACCGGAUGAUAGAGAAGAGCCAGCGAGCAAGGUUGCGUUCGUUCGUUAUCUAGAGCCAAUAAAUUCAGAAGUAGCACUGCAUCUAAACAAUACUGUGUUCCUGGAUCGCGCACUGAUUGUUCUGCCUCUGGCUAAUGGAUUGGAUUCCAUCCCCGAUGAGAAGUACGCUGAUCUCGUCCGCGCUCCGCCUCAUACAGCCGCCGGUGUUUUACCGCGGACUGCUGAUUGGCCUUUGGACGUAAUCAGUAUGGUCGUGGGUCGUCCUGGUGAACAAGUUAUUCAGACGAUAGAGCCUAGGCUGUCCAGUCUUGCUUUUCCUCUUUAUCCCCCUCUUCCUGCCACUACAGAUGGGAGCCGAAUCGAGGAGAUAAGGCGAACGAUUUUGGUUACCAACCUCGACCCAAAGACGACAGGAGAUCAAGUAUGUACUAUACCCCUUCCCGGAACUGAGGUAUUCAUGUGGGACAUUGCUCACAGACGCAAACGCUCCUGCAAUUUUGAACUAGUGAUGGAUUUGUCCUCAACCCUGUUCCGUGUUACCAUAGCCGGGCUGUCGACAGUUGUCAGCGACAGUAUUAAGUAUUCGCUAGAAAUUUGA